ACAAACAGCAUACAAAAAGUCUUAAACCAGUUGCACCAUUUCUACACUAAGUUCUCCCACCUUCGAAAAUGUCUCUUCAAGUUUCCGCAGUCCCUGCUCAAACCAAGAAUCCAAAUUCUAAUAAAAAACGUCCCUUGGUGAAUUAUAGUCCUAGCUUAUGGGGAGACCAUUUCCUCUCUUAUGCUAAUGACGCCAUGGAAACCAAUGACAACUUGGAGCAAAUUCAGAGGUUGAAGGAAGAAGUGGGGAAGUUGCUAAUGGAUCCCAUCGAUAAGCCUUCACAAAAGUUGGAGUUAAUUGAUGCAAUCCAACGCUUGGGCGUGUCGUACCAUUUUGAAAGUGAAAUUGACGAAAUAUUACAACAAAUUUACAAAGAUAAUCAUAAUGAGGUUGGUCAGGAAGACAAUGGUAGUCUUUGCACUAUUGCUCUUCGUUUUCGAUUACUAAGACAACAAGGUUAUAACAUUCCAAGUGAUAUCUUCAACAAAUUCAAAGACAACAAGGGGAACUUCAAGGAAUCACUUACUCAUGAUGUGCAGGGAAUGUUACACUUGUAUGAAGCUACGCAUAUGAGGGUGCAUGGAGAAGAUAUACUUGAUGAAGCACUUAAGUUUACUACUACUUACCUUAAGUCAGUGGUGACUAAUUUAAACCCUACUCUUGCAACACAAGUAAAUCGUGCCUUAAAGCGACCUAUUCGAAAGUGCUUGCAAAGGGUAGAGGCAAGGCAUUACUUCUCUACCUACAACGAAAAUGCUUCACAUAAUGAAGUUCUACUAAAAUUUGCAAAGCUAGAUUUUAACAUAUUACAAAAACAACACCAAAAGGAACUUAGUCAUAUCUCAAGGUGGUGGAAAGAUUUGGAUUUUGCAAAUAAACUAUCUUUUGCACGAGAUAGAGUGGUGGAGUGCUACUUCUGGAUUUUGGGGGUGUACUUUGAACCCCAAUACUCAAUUGCUAGGAAGAUACUAACCAAAAUAAUUUGUAUGGCAUCAACCAUAGAUGACAUAUAUGAUGCAUAUGGUACUUAUGAAGAACUUGAGCUCUUCACAGAUGCGAUUAAAAGGUUUAUAGCGUAGGCAUAUGACCUAACA